AUGGAUCCGCAUAGUCCAAUUGUCCUCGAUCAAGGUACAGGUUUCGUUAAAAUUGGUAGAGCUGGGGAGAACUUCCCAGAUUAUACCUUCCCAUCCAUUGUAGGUAGACCUAUCCUUAGAGCAGAAGAACGAGCCAACAUUACCACUCCGUUAAGGGAUAUUAUGAUUGGUGAUGAAGCCAGUGAUGUUCGUUCAUACUUACAAAUUUCAUAUCCCAUGGAAAAUGGUAUCAUUAAAAAUUGGACAGAUAUGGAAUUACUUUGGGAUUACGCAUUCUUCAAUCAAAUGAAAUUAAAUAAUACUUCUGGUGGGAAAAUCUUAUUGACUGAACCACCAAUGAAUCCAUUAAAAAAUAGAGAGAAAAUGUGUGAAGUUAUGUUUGAAAAAUAUGACUUCGGUGGAGUUUAUGUAGCCAUUCAGGCUGUCUUAGCAUUGUACGCUCAAGGUUUAUCAUCAGGUGUUGUGGUGGACUCAGGGGAUGGUGUUACACAUAUUGUUCCAGUCUAUGAAUCUGUCGUUUUAAACCAUUUGACAAGAAGAUUAGACGUUGCCGGGAGAGAUGUAACGAGACAUUUAAUCGAUCUUUUAUCUCGUCGUGGUUACGCGUUUAAUAGAACAGCUGAUUUUGAGACUGUUCGUCAAAUUAAAGAAAAAUUAUGUUACGUCUCAUAUGAUUUGGAUUUAGAUACAAAAUUAGCUAGAGAAACGACAACUUUAGUGGAGAGUUAUGAAUUACCAGAUGGUAGAACUAUUAAAGUGGGACAAGAAAGAUUUGAAGCUCCAGAAUGUUUAUUCCAACCGGGUCUUGUUGAUGUGGAACAACCUGGUGUUGGUGAACUACUUUUCAAUACUAUACAAUCUGCAGAUGUGGAUGUUAGAUCUGCAUUAUAUAAAGCAAUUGUCUUAUCCGGUGGUUCAAGUAUGUAUCCAGGUUUACCUUCAAGAUUAGAAAAGGAAUUGAAACAAUUAUGGUAUACGAGAGUUUUACAUAAUGAUCCAUCAAGAUUAGAUAAAUUUAAAGUCAGAAUUGAAGAUCCACCAAGAAGAAAACAUAUGGUUUUCAUUGGUGGUGCAGUUUUGGCAAGUAUCAUGGCUGAUAAGGAUCACAUGUGGCUAUCUAAGCAAGAAUGGUAUGAAGGAGGAGCGGCCGCUAUGGCUAAAUUUGGACCAAGAUGA